AUGAACAAACUUCUAAAAGACUACACUGAAGUAGAAGAAAUAGUGGACAACGGCUUCCAGUCCCAAGUCUCAGCUAAACUCUCUAGCUGUAACGGACUAGUUGACAACCAAAUACGGAUUAACAAGAACACAGUUAAGUUAGACAUGCAUAAGAGAAACCAGAAGAGAAGAGUUAUUAGGAAGAUGAAAUAAAAUUGAGGAAAUGAAGAGUAUAGGUGGUUGAUUAUUAUAGUGAAAUUUAAGGAAAAUAGUUACCUGUAUGAUAAUUCAAGAACGCUUAAUUAUGGCUUAAAUUUUCAUAAGGAGCUUGUAAGGGAACAAGUCAGGCAAAUGAAGUUGGAAAUGGAAGAAAAUGAACAAAGACGACAACAAAGAGAGCAAAAAGAGGAACAGGAAGAAAAUCCAAGAGUCAAGCUCUUUGAAGAUGAUUCUGUUAAGUCUCUGGGUGAGAUGUUUAAUGAUCAUCAGACUACUAUUACUCACAAUCAGCAUUCAAAGUCUCCAAGCAUGCACAAAACUCCACAUAAACUGUUUUACAAAGAAGAAAUUACCAAAAAUGACUUCACAUAUUUCCCAAAAUUCACAGCAAUAGAUCCUAAAAUAAGGGAUGUAAAGUUCUACAAGACCACAGUCAUCCCGAAGGUUAGGAACGAAAAGCCCACAACUUGUGAAAAAUAUCAAAACAGACUAAAAUUGUUCAAAUCAAAAAAAUAAUGUUAAAGCUCAGCAGAAAGCUAACUUAUCCAGAGAGAAGACCUCGGCAGAAGUCCAUAAGAAGAAGAAGGAUAGGUUAAGUCUAUCCAAGCCUAAAUUUACUGAGAAUUUUGCCAACCCAACUUAUCUUGCUCCAGAGAAGGGUUUGAUAGGGACAAUUAGACAUCGUGAUACAGUUAAAGGAAGGAAUAAGCCUAAAGAGAAAGCAAAAUCCUUUAUUGAAAACCCAAAAGACAGAAUUGAUAGAAAAUGUAGCAGAUUCACACAUGGAUUUAAUUUAGAAGUUGAUGUAGAUGUUAAAUCUCCUGAAAAUUUGGACAGAUUCGAGCCUUGGAAUGAAUUGAAAUCAGAGACAUUAGAUAACUCUACCAACGCUAACACUCAAAGAAAGAUUAGAUGUAUGAUAAACUACAGUAGAGAUACCUCUAGAAGGCCUCUGUUUUCUCAAUUCAAUAAAAGUCCAGAAUUUUAUUCUCCUGAAAUUAAAACUAUUCCAAAGUACGGUACUUUCUGAACCAGAACUGUGGGAGAAUGUAUAAAACAGAAAUUGGAGAAGAGACAUCUUGACAAAAGAAUGUCCCUUGUCUCCAACACCAAGACUUCUAGGAGGAGGAAUUACACUGUAAUAGAUAGGCUGCUGACUACCUCUGAAUACUUCCUCGAAUGCUUGAGUAAAGAUAAGAACAUACGUGUCUAAAUCCUCAAUCCUG